AUGAACAUUCGCUACGGUGAUGGCAAAGCCAGCACGCGAGAGCGCUUGCUCAAGAAAGCACUCAAGCCGAAAGACGGCGCAACGCAAGCGCGGCCGGAGACGCUGCCUAAGCCGUCCUCCAACGUCCCAUUCCGGCGCGAUCCGGACUUCGUCGAACGUCCUGCGCUCAUUGAUCAGAUCCGGACCAAACACUCUAUACCAGGAGGUAGAGUUGCGCUGGUCGGACUGGGAGGUGUCGGAAAGUCGCAGCUCGCCGUGGAGUACGCUCGUCAGAUCAGGCAGCAGUCGCCAGACACUUGGGUACUCUGGUUUCAUGUGAGCAACGCCGCGCGCUUUCAGCAAAGCCUGCAAAAUGCUGCCGAGCAGCUGGAGCUCGCUGGAAGAAAGGACCCAAAGGCCGACCUUCUGCAGCUUCUUCGGAACUGGCUGCGCAAUGAGAAUAACGGGAGGUGGCUGGUGGUGCUUGACAAUGCUGACGAUGCUAGCGUUCUGCUGGAAUCAUCAGCAACAUCGAGUGAAGCACAUCCUGCGCGGAGGCCGAUGGAUUACUUUCCGAGCUGCGAUCAUGGAUCCAUGAUCAUCACGAGCCGCAGCAAGGGCGAAGCACUGAAGCUGGUCUACGAGAAAGACUGCAUUGACGUAACGGCAAUGAGCGAGAACGAAGCAGAGUCACUGCUCGGAAGUAAGCUUGGAUACGCGAGCCCGGAUGGUCGGCAACUCGUACGAGCGCUUGAUUGCAUGCCCCUCGCCAUAUCACAGGCGGCGGCAUACAUCCGAGAGCGGGCGCCGCGAUGCUCGGUGCAGCAGUACUGUGAGCUGAUGGAGGGCAGCCGCGCGUCGCGAACCAGCCUUUUACGUCGAGACCUUCAUCUACCCAACCGCGACCCAGAAGCGAGCAACUCGGUUCUGUUAACGUGGCAGAUCUCCUUCGAACAUAUUCACAGAGUCAGACGGUCCGCGGCCGAGCUGCUCUCGGUGAUGAGCUUUUGCGACCGACUUGCCAUUCCGGAGCUUCUGCUUUGUGCACACGAUGAAAAAGACGACCAGCCUGAACGCGACGCAGAUUUCGAAGAUGACAUCUUAGCACUCCGCAGCUUCUCGUUCAUCUCCAACACAACAAGCCCGCAGGUGUGGACAAUGCAUCGGCUAGUGCAGGAUGCAACGCAGAUCUGGCUGGAAGACCGCAAAAGGCUAGACAAGUCUCUCGACGAUUUCGUCCAUCGUCUGGACAUGUCCUUUCCUAUUGGUGAGUUUGAGAACUGGCCAACAUGCCAAACUCUAUUGCCACACGCGAAGUGCGCUAUCGAGCAGAGACCAGCCAGUGGUGGCAUGUUACUAGAAUGGGCCAGAGUAAUGUUUAAUUCCGCUUGGUAUGCGGGAGAGCUGGGUAAAUACUCGGAUGCGCUUGGGAUGGCAACAUCUUCGAUGGAAGUAAGGUCGGAGCAGCUUGGUGAAGAAGAUGAAAGGACGCUGCAGAGUAUGGCUAUGGUCGCAGAAUCGUACCGCCAACUGGGGCAAUUGGCGGAGGCGGAGCGGUUGGGGGUAAAAGUGACAGAGGCUUUCACGAGGGUAUUAGGAGAGCAGUAUGGCGACACGCUACGUAGUAUGGGCAACCUUGCAGCGACGUACUGCGACCAGGGGCAGUGGGCGGAGGCAGAGCAGCUGGAGGUAGAAGCACUGGAGACAAUGAAGGCAGUACUCGGAGACGAGCAUCCCGACACGAUGAACAGUAUGGCCAACCUCGCAGCGACGUACCGGAAGCAGGCGCGACUAACCGAGGCAGAGCAGCUAGAGGUAAAGGUGUUGGAGACAAUGAAGGCAGUACUCGGAGAGGAGCAUCCCAGGACACUAAGAAGUGUGGGUAACCUUGCAACAACGUAUGCGGACCAAGGGCGAUGGGCUGAGGCAGAGACGCUAUAUGUUAAGGUACUGGAGAAAAUGAAGGCAGUACUCGGAAAAGAGCACUCCGACACGCUAAGUAGCAUAGCCAACCUCGCAGCGACGUACUGGAAGCAGGGGCGAGUAGCCGAAACGGAGCAGCUAGAGGUAAAAGUGCUGGAGACAAUGAAGGCAGUAUUCGGAGAGGAGCACCCCCACACGCUAACCAGUAUGGCCAACCUCGCAGCUGUAUACUCUAGACAGGGGCGAGUAGCGGAGGCGGAGCAGCUAGGGGUAAAGGUGUUGGAGAUGCGCAAGGCAAUACUUGGAGACCAUCCCGACACGCUACAAAGCAUGGCCAACCUCGCAUUUAGUUACUGGAGUCAGGGGCGAAUGGCGGAGGCAGAGCAAUUACUAGGAGAGGCAGUGGAGCGCAGUAGGAUCAUGCUUGGUAAAAACCAUUCUGACACACUGAAGAGGAAGACUGAACUCGAAUGGAUCUGCAGCCAGAAGCCUCUGCAGAAUGCAAGGGGUAAAGCUCCGGCAGCACAGUUGGCAGGACACGAUAGAAAUAGUUCGAGCAAGGAAUUUCUCAGAGGCACAUCGUCAGACGGUCGCGCUGCGCGAGGAAAGGUAGUGAAGCAGGCACCUCGCAGGAAGCGGCGCCAGAAGUCAAGGCCAUCUGGCUUUUAG